GCCUUGCUGGAUUCGCUUCUCAGUGGCUGGAAAUCCGAGGGUAGGAGUGAUGGCUCCGCCAAGUCCGCGAGAGGAGGAAGAAAGCGAACGUAUCACUGGGGCUCAAGUCAUUGCGGAGGCCCUCAAGAAGCAAAAUGUUGAAUACAUGUUUGGUAUUGUUGGCAUUCCCGUGAUUGAAGUUGCAGUUGCCGCUCAAGCAAGUGGAAUUAAAUAUAUAGGGAUGCGGAAUGAACAAGCUGCCUCCUAUGCUGCUUCUGCUAUUGGGUACCUGACGGGCAGGCCUGGUGUAUGCCUUGUAGUUUCUGGUCCUGGCCUUAUCCAUGCACUAGCUGGAAUGGCAAAUGCAAAUAUGAAUUGCUGGCCUUUGAUUGUCAUAGGAGGUUCCUCUGACAGAAAUCAGGAAACAAUGGGAGCUUUCCAGGAAUUUCCACAGGUUGAAGCCUGUAGGUUAUACAGCAAAUUUAGCGCCAGACCAACCAGCUUAGAAGCAAUUCCUGCUGUUAUUGAGAAGGCUGUCAGAACCAGUAUUUACGGCCGUCCAGGAGCUUGCUAUAUUGACAUACCUGGAGACUUUGUAAAUCUGGAGGUGAACAAAAGUUCUGUCAAAUAUGUAGAUUGUUGUCCAGAACCUCCCAUCAGUAUGGCUGAAGACGCAGCCAUUUCCAAAGCUGCAUCAUUCAUUGCACAUUCCAGAAAACCACUAGUUAUUAUUGGAAAAGGUGCUGCUUACUCACAUGCUGAAAAUAGCAUCAGAAAGUUGGUGGACCAAUGCGGGCUUCCUUUUUUGCCUACCCCGAUGGGAAAGGGAGUUGUUCCUGACAACCAUCCACACUGUGUAGCUGCAGCCAGAUCUAGGGCACUGCUGCAUGCUGAUGUGAUCCUAUUACUUGGUGCUAGACUGAACUGGAUUCUACACUUUGGACUUCCACCAAGAUUUCAGCCAGAUGUAAAAAUAAUCCAGGUAGACAUUUGUGCAGAAGAAUUAGGAAACAACGUGAAACCCGUUGUAGCCUUAUUGGGUGACAUAAAAGCAGUGACGGAGCAGCUUCUAGAUCAGCUGAACAAAAAGCAUUGGAAAUACCCUUCUGAUACAGAGUGGUGGAAAGAUCUACAGGCGAAAAUUCAAAGCAAUGAACAGACAUCCAAGGCACUAUCACUGCAGAAAACUCUGCCAAUGAAUUAUUAUACAGUAUUCCACUGUAUCAGGGAGCAUUUGCCAAAGGACUGCCUUCUCAUUAGUGAGGGAGCAAACACAAUGGACAUAGGACGCACCAUGCUUCCUAACUAUUAUCCCCGCCUCAGGCUUGAUGCUGGUACCUUUGGAACAAUGGGGGUUGGACUGGGUUUUGCAUUAGCAGCUGCUAUGGUUACUAAAGAUCAUAAUCCUGAGCAGCAAGUGGUCUGCAUAGAAGGGGACAGCGCCUUUGGCUUCUCUGGCAUGGAAGUGGAGACUAUGUGCAGGUAUAACUUGCCAAUCGUUGUAAUCAUAGUAAACAACAAUGGGAUAUACAGUGGCCUGGAUGCAGAGACUUGGAAAGAGAUGUUGAAACUUGGAGAACCUUCUGCAUGUGUUCCUCCCAUUUCUCUGUUGCCAAAUGCUCACUAUGAGCAAAUUGUGUCUGCAUUUGGUGGGAAAGGCUAUUUUGUACAAACACCAGAAGAACUCCAAGCUGCCUUGAAGAAAAGUCUUGCUGAAAAACAUGUGCCUUCCCUCAUUAAUGUAAUGAUUGAUCCACAAUCAGAUAGAAAGAAACAAGAUUUUCAUUGGCUGACCCGCUCUAACAUGUAGCAGAACAUACUUGGAUUGGAAAUCAUGAGAAAAAUGUCUAUAAAUUAAAAUGGGGAUUCACACUAUAGUUGUCACAAAAUUUGAAAGAAAUUUACAUCAUACCAAAUUGGUUAAGUUCGAACCCUAGCUACUGGAAGGACUCAGCUAUUUGUCCCAGCCCAGGGAGAUUCAUUGAAUUAGCAAGAACCUGAUAAAUUGAAUUUAUAUACAGCCUGUUGAGUCAAUGGGUGUUCUAUGGUUGAGAUUAGUAAUGGGAUUUAGUCCUAGAUCUAGCCCCUGGUGGCACACCGGAUUAAACCCUUGUGCCAGCCGGACUGAUGACUUGAAGGUUGGAUUGCUGACUUGAAGGUUGCCAGUUCGAAUCCAGCCCAGGGAGAGUGCAGAUGAGCUCCCUCUAUCAGCUCCAGCUCUGUGCGAGGACAUGAGAGAAGCCUCCCACAAGGAUGGUAAAAACAUCAAAAACAUCAGAGCACCCCCUGGGCAACAUCUACGUCCUUGCAGACUGCCAAUUCUCUCACACCAGAAGCGACUUGCAGUUUUUCAGAUCACUCCUGACAGGAAAAAAAAAUCCGAGAUCUGUAAAUUUGGACAGUUUUUUUCUUUGAAUGUUUUUGUAUCUCACAGAUUCUGAAAAAAAUGGGAUGGAUUAAAACAGCUUUCUCCUUCAAAAUGGCAUACAUCUUGCUCACCUUUAAUCUUUAACCGUUUUGAUUUUGCGGAAGUUUCCCACUGGAGCCCCAUUUAUUUCAUUGGGAAAUAUUUCACGUAGAAAUCUGAAAGUCUUGCUUGAUUUUUCAACUGUUCAGAUAAGCAUCUUAGUAUUGGCUGAAUCAUUGUUGAUCAAGACUCAUUUAUAACAUUACAAUUUUUCAAUUUUAUAAGCUCUGGGUUUUGUUUUGUUUUUUAACAUUUUGAACCAAUUUAACUUCUUUUCUGUGUAAUAAAGCAGGCUGAGUCAAUGUGUGACCCUCUAGAUAUUGGAUUGUGGCUCACAUCAAACCUUAAAACUAAUUAUGUUGUUUAGUGCUAAUGAAAUGUGUAGUCUGACAACUUCUAGAAGACCACACAUUGUCCAUACCUGUUAUAAAGCUUUCUUAUCAGAACAUAGUUUAAAAGGAAUUAGAACUCCAUACAGAUCUUAUUAAAAAUAAUGUACAUAAAAUUUUGAGGAAUUAUCUUUGAUUCCAAAUUGUAUAGUUAUGCAACUCUAUAACUUCUGAUCCAAGGGAAGUUCAUUUUCUAAAUCAGUUCUUUAUGAAAAUCAUUUUGUAAAAGUUUGUUCAAUGACACUACAAUUCCACCAGAGGGCGCCCUUCAUUCAUAUUUGUUAUGGGAGCUUUCCUUUCUUAUUUAAUAGAAAUGUUUAAUGAUAUAUUGCUGGGGUUUUGUAAAUAUUCCAGUAGGAUGCUAAAAAAUGGAACAAUAAAUAUUGCAUACCAAAUUUAAAAAGAUGAAA